GGCCUAAUUUAAGUUGUCUAAAUCUAUCUUCUUAACAAAUUUGUAUAUAUACAGCGAUGUGGACAUGAUGGAUCACUUUUGAAAUGACUCCAACAGUUUGAGUGUCGUCAUAAUAGUUGGGAACAUAAAAUAAAUCUACUACUAACUGCGUGUAUAUCUACCAGCAUUAUUUUUGUACUAAGAACCCUGGUAUAGGAACUUACGGAGAUAUAUAUCAAAACACUGCAUGUCAUUGCUCAUACUUUACUGUUAUCCAACCAUUGGAGAGUCAACAACUAAUGUGUUAUGAUGUGAGAACAGUCUGCUCCAAAUCCCAGGUCUAGGAGUUUUGGAAUUCCUACAUAUCCGGUUGACUGGGUUUACAGAAGAGAGCAACUAUUUUCCAGUACAACGACCAGCUCAAACAAUUUAAACUUCAGACAGGCUGCAUGCAUACCGUGUAUACGUGGUGUAAAUAAUCGGAGUGAAUGCUGUUUAACGCCGCAGUAUUGCGCCAGAAACAUUUAAGUUCAAUAUUCAUGCUGGAGAUAUUUGCAGUGUAAUUGAGCUACGGGAGUUCUAUGGUCUGCUAUCAGGAGUUUCAUCACGCUGUGAUACCGUAUAUAUUUUGUAAACAUCUGGAGCAAACAUCGAGAAACAACUUCAUGGUACAACCAUGAAGUAGGUCCAUGGUACAACGAAGGUAGACCUACAAAGCCAGGAAAAGGUCGACUGUGCCGUUUUGAUAUUAUCAUCGAGGAAAUGCUAGUCAGAAAUCAAAAGGGAAAUUGAAUCGCCGAUCUUCCCCUUUUUUGUCUAAAUGAAUGAAAGCCAUACCAUUGCUUCUUGUAGCAAGGGACACUGAAUUAUGAUCAGGUUGACGACGAUGGAAUAUGUUUAGCUUUCACGUUGAUAAACAUUGGAAUUUCGAAUCUCCCUACUGAUUGGAAUAGAUUAGCUUUAUGUCUAUGGAGAGCGCAUCCAGCGGGAGAGGGGUUUUCUUCAUUUUGUCAAGUGGAUUUUUGUGAUAAUCGUUGAAAAUAGGAAUCCUAUGUCGAAAAGAUUAUAUAGUCUAGCUUUACUUACUGAUUGAUAGUGACGCCCCCCCCCCAUUCCGCUGAGAAUAAAAAAGAGUACAGUCUAACUCUAUGCGGAUUUUAUCGUUUAGCCGACAUUAUAAUGAGCCUCGAUUAAUGCAGUCAUCAUCCUCAUUUUCUAAAUGGGAUUUUGUCAUGCCUUUCCGCAAUUUCGCUAAUAAGAAUUGAGGACUGUGAUUUACUCAUUGAGUUAAUGAACUUCGACAGUCCAGCUAUUGGUAAAGCGAUUUAUUCUUAGCUGCUCAUAAUAUAGGAAGGAAAGGACUAAGAUUUAUUGUAACAGUGAGGUUAUUCAUCCCAUUCAUUUGAUAAGUUGAUUGGAUUUAUGAACCAUUAUUGAUCGAAAGACAAUCGACAUGGAAGCUAACAAGGAUAUCAAAUGUGUGAUCGUUGGAGAUGGAUUCGUUGGUAAAACAUGUCUGCUGAUUUCUUUCACUACCAAUCGUUUUCCAGGGGAAUAUGCUCCAACUGUAUUCGAUCAUUAUGCAAUGAAAACUGUGGUAGAUGAGACUCGGGUAUCGUUGAGUCUAUGGGAUACAGCGGGGCAGGAUACUUAUGCACAGGUCAGACCACUAUCAUAUGCAAAUGCGGACGUAUUUUUGGUCUGUUUUUCAACGGUGAACAUGGACUCACGUGACAAUGUCUCAUUGAAAUGGGUACCUGAGGUACGUCAACACCAACCCAACACACCAAUCAUCAUCGUCGGUACAAAGAUUGAUCUUAGAGAUGACAGGGCGACGAUAGAUGCCCUUCAGAAACAAAAACAUAAACCAGUCACGUUUGAGGAGGGUGUUCAGAUUUCCAAAAGCGUGAUGGCUUUAGCUUACACGGAGUGCUCAGCCAAAAAUCAAGAUGGCGUCAUCGAGGUAUUCAACCAGGCAGUCAGGGCGUCACUCAAUCCAAACAUAUUCAAGAAAAAGAAAAAGAGAUGUACUUUACUUUAAUAAUAUUGGUUGUAUAAUGUAGUUAAAUGAAAUAAUUUUUGUACAUAUUUGUUACUUAAAAUGCAAUGAUAUAUGAAAUAUAUUUAUUCGUCAGUGUAAUCAUCUAAUAAUGCAAACUUUAUUGUACCUUAUUUUGUAUCGUUACUGAGUGUUGGGAAUAAAGGUCUUUUGAAGUGAAGUUUCGAUUUCUGUGAACUUAUGGGACUUUUCAUCUUCCACCCCCCCCCCCCCCCCCCCCCUCACUCCGUACCGACACCUUUUUCUAUGUCCGCUGGUUGAUUGUUACAUGGACAUAAGCAAUUUACUCAAUGGUGCAUAAUUCACUGUUAAACUAAUAUUUUUUUUUGCAUUUUU